CUCUUUAUAUGGACGGCAGGGAGACGUACGGUCUUAUCUGAUUGUUUUUUUGUUUAUUGUUUUUUACCACGAAGCUGAUGGCAUACUUAUUUCCUCCGCAGAUGAAACUCAGACCAUUCCUUCUUCCUUUGGGAACUGCAUCCUGUCUUCGCUGUCCCUCCCUCAGCUGGAGAAGGUCGUCAUCCACGCAGAUCAGAUCCAGUUACAGCCUCCGUCGGAGCAGAUGCAGGGCUGCAUGACUGUGCAGGUGGAGGGGGAAACCGUGACGCUGCUGGACUACAUUCAGAUUGAACAGCCGUCCGGUUUGGGCGAUCCUGACGAUGAAACGGAAAAUGAGGUAAACGAGGACGGGGCUGAGGACAUCAGGGACGCCCUGAAGCCGGCAGCGUUUCAACCGCUGAAACAAAGCAAAAGACUGCAGGUGAAGAGAAAAGCCAUAACGGAAAAAGACUCAACGGCCGAGAAGAGGCAAAGAAAAAAGUACCCCAACAAUAAAACCUGUCCUGUGUGCAAUAAGGUUUUCCUGCGGGCUGCGGCCAUGAGACGCCACCAAGAAACUCACUCUGCCAACCGGGAAUUCAAAUACAAGUGCGCCAACUGUGAUAAACGAUUCAGGGACCAUUACGACAUGAACCGGCACAACAUGCGCGUUCACGAAAAAGAAGGAAUCAGCACUAAAGAGGAGGACGCAGGAGAUCCAAGCACCUCCGAGAUGUCGGAAAACAAAAUCUGCGCUCUGUGCGGGAAGUACUUUGGCCGUCGUGUCGACAUGGAGCGACACAUGAGGUCGCACUCCGAGGACCGCCCGUAUAACUGUUGUUUCUGCGAGAAGAAAUUUAAGAAUCCGUACGUUUUAAAGAGACACCAGAAGGAGAUUUGUAAAAGCAGAGAGCUAAAAAGGUCGAAAAAGAGGGAGGUGCAGCGCUCAAAUCCACAGCCGCCGUCGGAGGCGUCGACGGAAGGUAAAGUGUGUCCCAUCUGCAGCCGGAUCUUACCGUGCACGGCAGACAUCGCAAAGCAUUUACGAUCCCACACGGAGGAGCGACCUUUUAUUUGUAUGACUUGCGAGAAGGGCUUCAAGUACAAGGACACGCUGAAGAAGCAUCAGAUCAUUCACGGACACGAGGGGAUCCGAGAGGAGGAGAGCAAGACGGUGGAGCAGAUUUUGGCUGAAGCCGAUGCAAGUAUUUUUGACAAGAGAGAAAAAAAUCCAGAUGCAGAUGCUUCCGAGGAGUCUUCGUCUGCGCCUGUGCAAAAAGUCAGGAGAAAAGCCGCGAAAGUGUGUCCUGUGUGUUCUCGUGCGUUCGACAGCGUCAAAACACUCAACAGGCACAUUCAGUGUCACACAGAGGACCGUCCGUACCACUGCAUCCACUGCAAGAAGCGAUUCAAACACAUGCACGGCCUCAAACGGCACCAGAUUUACGCCAUUUGUCACAAAAAAAUCACCCGAUUCUCCUGGAAAAAGGAGCCGAGAGCGGGACCGAGCCAGAGCGAAGUCGCAAGUGUCGACCCCCAACAGGGUCCGCCGCUGAAGAUCCCCGUGUGGUGCUCGAACUGCGGCAAACACUUCGAGUACCCGUCCGCUCUGAAGGAGCACCAAGAAAACGUCUGCAAAGUGGAAGUGAGCGAAAUCAUGAAAUGCGACGACUGCGGGAAGGAGUUCAAGAGCAUGACGAUGCUCAAAGUGCACCAGAGGAUUCAUGACCCGCUCUACUGCAAAGAGUGCGGGAAGAUACUCGCCAACGAGGCCGCGUUCGAGAGGCACAAGCUCAUGCACAGGCCGAUGCAGUGUACGAUGUGCGAUCAGACUUUUACGCUGCUGAGGCGCCUGAGGGAACACUACGAGAAGCAGCACGAGUUCACCGGGCCGUAUCCGUGCGCACAGUGCGACAAAACGUUCAUCCAGCUCUCCUACCUCGCCAUCCACCAGAGAAUCCACAAAGGCGAGUUCCCGUACAUCUGCAGCAUGUGUCCGGAGAAGUUUCGAUCGUCAAACUGUCUGACGGUUCAUCAGAGGAAACACACGGGAGAGAAACCGUUCCUGUGCUGGCAGUGCGGGAAGUGUUACCGCUCGGCCUCGGAGCUCACGGUGCACAUGGGAACCCACUCCGACGAGAGACCGUGGGCGUGCACACAGUGCGACAUGGCGUACCGCACCAAGCUGCAGCUGACGAACCACGUGGAGCAAAUCCACAUCGGAGUCCGGUACCCCUGCAACAGCUGUGGGAAGCAGUUCAUGAAGGAGACGUCGCUAAAGAGGCACGAGCUCAUCCACACAGGAGAGAGGCCGCACCAGUGCACGGUGUGCGGCAAGACCUUCCUCACCGCCAACGAGCUCAGGCUCCACAACCGCUACCACACCGGCGAGCGCCCGUACAAGUGCGAAGUGUGCGGGAAAGCCUUCAUUCAGUCGGGGUAUCUGAAGUCGCACAUGCGCAUCCACACAGGAGAGAAGCCAUUUAAAUGUGACAUUUGUGACAAAGGUUUCCGGUUGUCGUAUCACAUGAAGAAACACAGGCGGACUCACGCCACCAAACCAAAGAGCUACAUCUGCGAGGACUGCGGGCUGGGCUUCCUCCUCAAAAAGUCCCUGUGGGAACACUCGCUCAGUCACGACGUCAAAGUCGAACCGACGUUCACGGAUGAAGUGAGAAUAGAAUUUCAAUAGAAAACAUUAAAUUUAAUGCAGGUUUUUUAUUUCCGAGCUGGCGUCAUCGUUUAGAAAAAAA